AGCUUGUACCAUCGCCACCGCCUUACACCCGCGCGAUACCGCCCGCCGUACUUGAGUUUCCGCCUUUUGACGAGCCCUCUUCCAACGGUAACCGACUCGCUCAUUAUCCGAUCCAACCACGGGGUUGUCGGGAAAGAGAUUUUGUUGUGUGUAACGCCUCCCUGAAGCUCUGUUCGGAUUCAAAAGCUCGGGGAAUUGUGCGGUGAAUCCGGUGUUUGUAAGGUUACCGUCGGAACCCUUCAGCCCUAGCGGAGCCUUUGGUUAAGGCUCCGACCUAGGAUCGGAAAGGCAAGUUCCGGGCACGAGCGACGAGGAAUCCGGAGUGACGGUUAUGUGCAGUGAUUGACUGGGAAUCGGAGAAUCGAUAUUCGAUAUCGACGAUCAGUGCGGGGGUGGAUUUCGGGGGAGCCGCGAUCGACCCGCGACCGGGAUGGGCUUGAGCCGCGGGGCGAGUCAGCUGUCGGACUGGCCUAGUUCCGGGCUCUGCGCGAGGGGGUGAGCGCUCCGGUGGGAACAGCCCAGCCCGCCACCGCUACUCGCCACCAGCCGCGCCACCGCGCCUCCAAUCAAUAGACACACGCCGCCGUCCGCCGACUGACACACGACUAUGCAGCCGCCGCCACGGAAAGGAAACUAUGUGAAAUUUUUGAAGAAUCUCCACUCUGAACAAGCGGCAAAGUUAACGCUCAAGAAUCAAAACGAAUGUGAUCUCCUAGAGGAUAUUCGGGGCUUCGUAUUAAAGAAGUCGUCAAUAGAAAAAUCGUAUUCUGAGGCCUUGUUGAAGAUUUCCUCGGCGUUUCUGAACAAAAAAAUACCCAAUAUCCCAGACAUCAAAACAGACGGCAGUGAAGAAAAAUGGAACAUGUGGAAUGUGUGGCGAACGGUAUUGGAGGAGAACGAGAAGCUUUCCCGGGCGCGGCUCGCGGCCAUAGAGGUGUUCCAGCAACAGAUAGCUGACGAUGCCUGCACGUUGCGGAGGCACAAAAUGCAGAUGGCCAGAAAAUGUGUGGAGACCCUCUCCAUAAUACAAAAAGAGGUCCAGGCUAGCGUGCAGGAUGUCGACCUGAACAAGAAGCGAUACUUCGAUGAGGAGCACUCAGCGCACGACGUCCGGGAUAAGGCCAAAGACAUAGAAGAAAAGCUGAAAAAGAAAAAAGGCUCCUUUUUCCAAUCUAUCACAUCACUCCAGAAAAAUAGCGCCAAAGUUUCCUCGAGAAGAGAUGCUCUGGAGGAGAAAUCUGCCGGAGCGAGGAAUGAUUAUUUGUUAAGUUUAGCAGCAGCCAAUGCUCAUCAAACUAGAUAUUUUGUCGUCGAUCUUCAGAAUCUCAUGUUGACUAUUGAAAGCAAUGUUUAUGAAAAGGUACAAGAAUAUCUCAUGCUCAUUGGCCGGACGGAGCUGCUUACGUGUUCGGCCGCCCAGGUCUCUUUCACCAGGAUCAGAGACCAAGCCCAUCAGCUGUCGCGGGACUACAACAUGCAGUGCGUGUACCUGUACUACCCGGUGCUGAAGCAGCACAUCCAGUACGAGUUCGAGGCGUGCGACAACGACACCGUCGACCGGAUCACCGCCGACCACAGCUCGGUCGUCUCGGUCCUCUCCAAGGAGGCCCGUCGCUGGGCCACCCGCGUCCACCGCGAGAACAACAACAUCCGCGAGAACACUCGCAAACUCCAAGUCUUCCAGGCACUCAGGGACUCCGGACAAAAGUCUGAUCCAAAUGACCCGAAUGGGCCAGAUUUAGAAACAAAAAUUGAAGAUCUGAAACACAGUAUUAGGAGAUCUGAGGUAGCAAAAGCAAAGGCAGAAGCAAGACUGGAAUGUUUGAGGAAUGGUGACUCAAAUGUGAAUGUUGAAGAAUGGUUAGCAGACAUGAACCUGGAAGAUCUAGGCCGCUCUGUCAGCUCUGCUUCAAUGCAGAAUGAUACGUCUGCGAAUCAGGAAGCAGGCGGCUCGGAUUCGAUGUACGAUAGUGACUACACAGACGCAGAAACGGAGCACAUCCCGCUGCACCCGCCCGGGAAGGAGAGAGAGACGAGUGAGGAGGACCAUGAAAGGCCCGACUCCGGUGAAGUUGACGGCGAAUGGGCCAUGUUAGAACAGGAGCGGCAAAGGAUAGAGCAACUAACGGCAGGUUGGGAUGAUCCAACGAAAGUAGAUUGGGGAGACACUGACACCGCAGACGUUGCCGACACAGAGACGUAUCCUAUGCCUCAGGUGGAACCAGGAAGUGUUUACAAAUGUAUAGCACUCUACUCCUACACCGCGCAGAACCCGGACGAGCUCUCGAUAAUCGAGAACGAGCAGCUGGAGGUGGUGGGCGAGGGGGACGGGGACGGGUGGCUGCGGGCGCGGAACUACCGCGGCGAGGAGGGCUUCGUGCCGCACAACUACCUGGACGUGGAGUGGCAGCCGGCGACGGGCCUGGCCGGGCCGCAGCUCCAGACGCAGAUCUCCUUCUCCUCGGUCGACUACACCAUCGACGAGCAGGACCCCGACGCCGACGCCGACGCCGACGCCGACGCCGAACAGGAACCCGAGUCCGAGCAGAGCGCCGCCACCACCGUCACCACCCGCGAGGCACACCGCCCCGCAAACAUAGACAUAUCCGGAGGCACGUGGUGCGUGGCCCUGUACGAUUACGAGGCGACGUGUCCGGAAGAGAUCUCCUUUGGCGAGGGGCAGAUCAUCAAGAUCCUGCGCAAGAUCAUCCACGACAACGUGGACGACGGCUGGUGGGAGGGCGAGGUGGACGGCGUCAAGGGUCUCUUCCCCUCCCUCGUCGUCGAAGAGUGUCGAGAGAACGGCGAACCCCUUACGCCUGAGGGAGAGGAUACUCCACCUGGAUCCGCGCCGCCUGUGUUCACACCACCGGAUGUCCCGUCUUUCUUACUCGCUCCGCAGACCAUGGUCACCCAACCAACGCCCAUCCACGAAUUUCCGGAGCCACCCGCAGGCGGAUCAAAGGAAGGGGCGCCGGGAGAAGAGUCCGAGGGCUUCGCGAUGGAGCUGACACGGGGUCAGCAGGAUCAAUACGAUUCGCAGUUCGACGAGGAUUAUGAUGGGGAGUCCGGGCCUCCUCCCAGUAUGCCACCACCUAGUAUGCCACCGCCAAGUAUGCCACCGCCAAGUAUGCCACCACCGAGUAUGCCGCCACCGAGUAUGCCGCCACCCCCACCGGUUCAGAUAGCUGUCGUUGCCGAUGAUGAAUGUGACGAUAGCAGCAAAGCAAUAGAGGAGCCGGUGGAGGUCGCGCCCGCGGAGGCGGCACCGAAGAAGUCCAAGACGAGGCAAAGCACGAGCAGCGCGGACAGCGGCGGAGGUCUGGGCGUAGCGCAGAUCGUCAUCACGGCCGCGACGCCGAUGAUGGAGGAGGCGGGGACGCCUUUCCCGCCGCCGCCUCCGUCGCCGCCCGCCCAACCGCCGCCUCCACCCCCGCCCACCGCCGCCGCUACCCCUUCGCCCACCCGGGAGGAGGGCGACGAGGAACUGGAGAACGCCGCCGCCAAGGAGGGACUCGACGAGCCCCCCGCCGAAGGUAUCACCCGAGAGCCAACUCCGUUUCCACUGAGCAGUAGCACUGGGAGCGAGGAGGACACGGGGCCGAGCACAGCGGAGAACUCGCAAGCCUACCCGGCACCCACAACCCAAGCACAGCCGGAACUGAAAGCGGUGCCCACUUCCUUCCAGUCAGGAGAGAUCCCAGAUGAGUUAGAGCCCCAUCAACUGGCCCAACUCCAAGACUUAAAAGAGUCCAACGCAUAAAUACUCAUCGACAUCGUCUCUAGAAUUUUCAUGCUCAUUUCAAACAGCCAUAUUAAUUGGACUGAGUUAAGCAGAAAGGAACCAACCCGCAUUUUGGAAAAAAUUGAGUUAUGAGUGGUUUUGAACUCAACCACUGCUCUCCUAUCUAUCGCCAAAAAUUCAAA